CGACGUCUUUGAAGGUAUCGCACGGUGAUGUCAAUGAAGCUGCCAUGGCGCUGGCUUGUUUGCGACGAAGCUUGUUGACGUUUUUGUUGUUUUUCUCGUGUUUUGUCUCAUUUUAUCGGACGCUCGUCACGGCGGAGGAAGUCGACAGCUGUGAGCACCUGAGACUCGGCCAGUAUUUGUGUCGAGAGCCAAAGAUCGACGAUAACACGCAGGAGCCGGAAAACUGCCGAGAUGCCGUCGCACGGGUGGAGUGUCUCCCGGCGCCAAACGUGACCUGCCGGCUUUCCAACGGCACGGAAUUCCGCUUCAGUGGCGAGGAGGUGGGAUUUCAUCAAACUGUUCCCUGUAGGAACGUGAGCGGCUACUCGUACAAGGUGGCGGUGGCGCUGUCGCUGUUCCUGGGCUGGCUGGGCGCCGACCGCUUCUACCUGGGCUACCCGGCCCUCGGCGUGCUCAAGUUCUGCACCGUGGGCUUCUGCGGCAUCGGGACGCUGCUGGACUUUGUCCUCAUCGCCAUGCAGAUGGUGGGCCCGUCGGACGGCUCCGACUACAUCGUGGACUACUACGGCGCCCGCCUCAGCCGCCUGGCCAUCACCGAGGACACCUACAGGAAGCCCCACCUCUCCCUCUGACCGCGUUAGAAACAAAUUCCACUUUCUUUUUUCUUAUUCGUCGAAGGGAAAAGAACGUUAACAUUCACGGUCACGCGUUUAAACAUCCACGACCUUCAACGUGCCGCACAUGCAUUUCAAACAGCCUAUUCGUCAAUCAUUGGUUUCUUUAACCCUUUAUUGAAUGUCAAUGGCAGCCCAUGAGUUCAAUUAAAAAAAAAAAGCCCCCAAAUUAACAACAGGAACUCACCAGUAAAUUUCCCAAAAUAAACAGGAAGUGACCCAAAAUGAACAGGUAGUGAUCUGGGAAUGUCCAAAAUUACCAGGAAGUGACCUAGGAAUACCACAAAAUCAACUUGGAGGUGACCUGGGAAUGUCCACUUAACAGGAAGUGAUGUGGGAAUGCUCCAAAAUCAGCCAGGAAGUGGCAUGGGAAUGUCCAAAAUCAACAUGAGGUGACCUAGGAGUGCCCCAACAUCAUUAGGAAGUGACUUAGGAAUGUCCAAAAUCAACAGGAAGUGACAUGGGAAUGCCCCUUAAUCAACAGGAAGGGACACAAAAGGAAGUGACCUCGGAGUGCCCCUAAAUCAACAGGAAGUGACCUAGGAAUACCCCAAAACCAACCAGGAAGUGAUCUGGGAAUGUCCGAAAUCAACAUGAGGUGACCUAGGAGUGCCCCAACAUCAUUAGGAAGUGACUUAGGAAUGCCCCAAAAUCAACCAGGAAGUGACCUGGGAAUGUCCAAAAUCAACAGGAAGUGACAUGGGAAUGCCCCUUAAUCAACAGGAAGGGACACAAAAGGAAGUGACCUCGGAGUGCCUCUAAAUCAACAGGAAGUGACCUAGGAAUACCCCAAAACCAACCAGGAAGUGAUCUGGGAAUGUCCAAAAUCAACAGGAAGUGACCAAGGAGUGCCCCAAAAUGAACAGGUAGUGAUCUGGGAAUGUGAAAAAUUUAAUGGAAGUGACCUAGGAAUGCCCCAAAAUAAACAGGAAUUGACAUAGGAAUGCCCCAAAAUCAACAGGAAGUGACCCAAAAUCAACAGGAAGUGACCAAGGAGUGCCCCAAAAUGAACAGGUAGUGAUCUGAGAAUGUCAAAAAUUAACAGGGAGUGACCUAGGAAUGCCCCAAAAUCAACAGGAAGUGACUCAAAUCAACAGGAAUUGACCUAGGUAUGCCCCAAAAUCAACAGGAAGUGACCCAAAAUCAACAAGUGACCCAAAAUCAACAGGAAGUGACCAAGGAAUGCUCCAAAAUGAACAGGUAGUGAUCUGAGAAUGUUAAAAAAAUGAAUGGAAGUGACCUAGGUUUGCCCCCCAAAAUCAACAGGAAGUGACCCAAAAUCAACAAGAAGUGACCCAAAAUCAACAGGAAUUGACCUAGGUAUACCCCAAAAUCAACAGGAAGUGACCCAAAAUCAACAAGAAGUGACCCAUAAUCAACAGGAAGUGACCAAGGAAUGCGCCAAAAUGAACAGGUAGUGAUCUGAGAAUGUCAAAAAAUAAAUGGAAGUGAUGUAGGUUUGCCCCAAAAUCAACAGGAAGUGACCCAAAAUCAACAGGAAUUGACCUAGGUUUGCCCCAAAAUCAACAGGAAGUGACCCAAAAUCAACAAGAAGUGAUCCAAAAUCAACAGGAAGUGACCAAGGAGUGCCCCAAAAUGAACAGGUAGUGAUCUGAGAAUGUCAAAAAUUAACAGGAAGUGACCUAGAAAUGCCUCAAAAUCAAGAGGAAGUGACCCAAAAUCAACAGGAAGUGACCCCAAAUAACAGGAAGUGACCUAAGAUUAACAGGAAGUGACUUAGGAAUGCCCCAAAAUAAACAGGAAGUGACCCAAAAUCAACAGGAAGUGACUCGAAAUCAACAGGAAGUGACCUAGGAAUGCCCCAAAAUCAUUAAGAAGUGACUCAAUAUAAACAGGAAGUGACCUAAAAUGCACAAGAAGUAAUGUGGAAAUGUCCCAAAAGCAGCAAAACGUGACCCAAACGCAACAGGAAGUGACUUAAAAUCUGGGGAUGAGAAUGAUUGGUUUGGGGGAAUUUGUUCCUAUUGAGUCAUUUUUAGGUCACUUCCCGUUGAUUCUGGCACAUUUCCGUGUCGAUUUUGCAUCAUUUCUGGAUGACGACUUGUGUAUUUUGGGUCACUUCCUGUAUCUUUUGGGUCAUUUCUCCCCCAGUUUUUAAAAUGUGUAUUUAAUUGUAUGUAAAUAACUGAUUUUCUAGGAAGCCUUUAUUUUGGAACUCUCGGUCCACCAUUGACGACACUCGAUGUCCAAUCCAUUUGAACUGGAUGAACUGUCCACGGCAGCCAAUGAGUUGAGGCCAAAAUGAACAGGAAGUGAGCUAAAAACUAGAGUAAGUGACCCAAUUUUGUCCUUUGGAAAGCAUAGCGGAUGAGAGAAGGAGCUUGUGUAAAUAGUUCAGUUUGUCAAAAAUAUUGAGAAAAUGUGAAGUAUUCACAUGCUAUGUGGUUAUUUUAUUUAUUUAUUUGAUACUUCUACUCUGUGCAUUUGUGGAGUGGCAAAAUUCAAUAAAGAUUGAGUGAAUGUG